AUUGAUAUUUAAACACAUAGUUGUGUCAAACAGUGUAUUAAUUUAAGUGAAACAAUACGUCGACUAUUAUUAAUAUUUAGUUAGUAUUUAUUAAUUGAUUGUAAAACAAACUAUUGUUUCAGUGAUUAUAGACUGUCAUCAAAAUCAUCGAAUUACUAUUAAACGAUUGACAGAGCAAUGGCUGAAUCAGUGAAGAAAUUUACAUUAGAAGAAGUGGCAAAACAUAACGAGAAGAAGUCUGUUUGGCUAUUGAUUCACGACUCGGUCUAUGAUGUGACCAAAUUUCUUGAGGAGCAUCCGGGAGGUGAAGAAGUAUUGAUAGAACAGGCGGGUCGGGACGCGACUGAAUCAUUUGAAGACGUCGGACAUUCAUCCGAUGCUCGGGAACUGAUGAUUCAAUACAAGAUUGGAGAGCUCUGUGAGGAGGACAAGCAAAAGACUAAGAAAAUUCAGGAGAAAAACCAUUGGGGCUCUACUCCGGUCCCAUCGGGUGACAGUAGCAGUUGGCGCUCGUGGGCCAUACCCGUCGGCUUUGCACUACUCGCUACUGUUGUUUAUAGAUAUUAUUUGCAUAACUUCUCUUAAAAUUAUUGAUAACAUUAUAAUUUCAAAUCAGUUAUCAAUGUCAUUGAUAUUUUAACACUGUCUUCUAAAAUGUUAUUGUUUUUCUAUUAAUAUAAUAUAAAUUAAAAGCUCUUAGAAUAAAUGCAUGUUUUUUAAUUAAUGUUUACAAAUAAAUGAAAGCCUGAUAUAAUAAAAUAAUCA